CUCCUCUCUGUCCCUCUCUCUCUCCUCCUCUGCCUCCUCGCGCUCACCUGUCCUGUCAGUCUUUCAGGUAACUCUCGCGGAGUCGCACGUGCUGAUUUCACGUACUUUGAAACGUUUUUCAUUGAGUUCUCAUUAAGAUCAGAAGAAUCUGGACCAGAACCAGAACCAGUCAUGUCCCGGGCAGAAGAGGGCGAGGAAACGGACUGCGUGUGUUCGAUCGGGAUGAAGUUCUCCUGGGACAUAAACGACCCCAAACUGCCGCAGGACCUGAAGCAGUUCGACCCCUUCCAGGAGUGGACAGAUGGUUACGUUCGCUACAUCUACAGCGCUGAAGAUAAAAACGCUCAGCGACAUUUGUCGGGCUGGGCCAUGAGGAACACCAACAACCACAACUGUCAGAUCCUGAAGAAGUCCUGUCUGGGUGUGGUGGUCUGUUCUCGGGGGUGCUCGCUGCCAGACGGAUCCAGACUGCAGCUCCGACCCGCCAUAUGUGACAAAGCUCGGCAGAAACAGCAAAAAAAGCUCUGCCCGAGCUGCAGCGCUGGUCUGGAGCUGCUGCCGUGUCGAGGUCACAGCGGCUAUCCUGUCACCAACUUCUGGAGAGUGGACGGAAAAUCCAUCUUCUUCCAGGCUAAAGGGGUCCAUGAUCACCCAAGACCAGAAUCUAAAUCGGAAACUGAAGCCAGAAGAAGCUCAGUAAAGAGACGAGUGAACUCGCCUCCAUUCACGCCCAAACGAAGACUUAUUGACCCUCAGGCCCUGGGCCCCGCCCUCCUCUGUGUGGAGCCAUCAGAUAGAAUCUCCUUCAUUGAGCCCAACUUCCCACAACAUUAUCCAGCAUUCCAAAGUCCAGAGCCUUACUACAGUCCCCACAAUCCACUGGGUGAACCCCCUCCCUCCCUGCAGAAACCAGCCAACACCAAGCUCUUCAUGAGUAGGCCCAGUUAUGAAUUCCAAGGAUACCUGACCCCACCUUCAUACCCCAUGACCUCUGACCUCUGUGACCCCAGGGUGGGGCCGGUCUUGGGUUCCUCCUCAACCUCAUCUUCAUCUUCAGCUCCUCUGUCCUCCUCCUCUUUUGAGCCCCAGACAAAGCCCCCUCCAGCUUGGAAGGAGCUGCUGAAGAGCACUUCCCCAUACGGGGACAACCACCACUACUACAGCGCGGAGUACCCCUGCCGUUACCCUAGCAACACACCAGGGUCACCCGCGCCACUGCAGACAAUAAUCACUACCACAACCAAGGUGUCCUACCAGCCGUGCCCAAAGCCUCCAGGUGCCCUGCCCCAAUACCAGUCGUGCCCUAAACCCUCAGCUGGACUCCAAUCCUACCAGCCCUGCACCCCCCCCAAACAGCCGGGCCUCUCUGCCUGUUCCUCUCUGCUGGACGACAUUUCCUCUUCCUCAUAUUCCACUGAGGUGAAGGUGACAGAGGAGUCUGGGGGGGUCAUCAAGUCUCUAUCGUUUCCUCCCGAGUCCCUGCAGACCAAAACGGAGCGCGCUGAUGGCUACGACUACCACUAUGCCUACCCCAACACGUACCGCUACAAUGACUACUAACGUGUCUGAUGUCACGGUAACUGCUUCUCCUGUCGGUCACAGAGGAUUUCUGACCUGAUCAGCCCCACUUGGGAGCCACACCACGAGUUUUAGAAUAUGUUCGGAAACCUCCAACUGGAUGGCAAGAACCUUGAACACAAGGUGACAACUCCCACCUGAAGAUUCAGUAUUUAAACUUGUGGGGUUCCUGGAGCUUCAAACCACACCCCCCAACCUCUCUCUGGACUGGGUUGGUCCCUGAGCAGAGCCAGGAUCCAGCAGUUGCUGCUUUGUUUUUGACUGAACUACUACACACACUGAAGGCUUACUGGAAAAGUGCAGAUAAAAUCAGAGAAUCAAACCAAACCAACUGCGAGCCAACUUCACGGACCGAUUCGGUUCAAAACCUGCAGACAAGAGGUGGUUUUAUCCAUCGGUUUGGCAGCCAAUGUGGAGAAUCUAUAUUUAACUUUUACUCACAUGUAACCUUCAGAAAUGACUACUGCCAUGAUAAUAAACAUAAUUUAUAAAACUCC